AUGUUCAAGGGGACAAAGAAUUACCUCAGGAUGACGACUGCUCCAACUGCUUCAGAAGCAGCAUUCAAGUUGAUCAACUCAGAUUUGAAAGAAAUCGGAGACGCCACCAUGAAACUAGCCGAUCAUGUCAUGAAGCUCGCAGUCACCGGUGGUUUCAUUAACACCAGUCUUCAAUGUUUCGCUUGCUUCGUCGUCAUUUAUUUGCUGCUACUAGAUCGAACAAACUGGAAGACGAACAUAUCUAGUGUACUUUUACUCCCUUACAUCUUGUUGACGUAUCCUAACUGGCUCUUCGAAAAUCUACACUUCGCAGCCCGCUAUGUCAGAUCAGGGUGGAUCGGCGUACUAUUGUGCUUGAGUAUCGGAUGCUAUUUGCUUCAAGAACACAUCAGAGCUUCUGGAGGAUUCAGGAAUGCAUUCAACAAAAGCAACGGAAUUUCCAAUUCCAUCGGUAUCUUCCUGUUAUUUGUCUUCCCAGUUUGGGUUUUGAUCGGCUUACUCCCAAACACCCUAUGUUCACUUUGUGUGCUACCCACCUCCAUAGUCGUCAACAAAAGGGGAAAGCAGCCGAGAGGAGCAACGGAGCAGCCAUAUUGCCAUCACCUUCGAUGCUUUAACCAUCUUCGAGCCUGUCACCGCCUUCAGCUCCUGCGCUUCUUCUGUCUCAGAAGGAAUCAAAAAGGGGUUGCUGCCUCCGAUGUUUGCUCCGAGGAAACACCCACUUCGGUGGUGGGUUCAGGCCAGGGAAUGAAGAAGAAAUGGAGGAUGAAAGGGGGGAAAGGAAGCAACGAUCGCAACAGUCUUCAGGGGAAGUUCAGAAACGAAGGAGAAGACAGGCGAAGUAGAAGACGCAGCUACCUCUUGUUCUUCUUCUUGAUGGCAACAACAAAAUUGAAUGAAAAGAAAGACAAAACCGGGAGUUUAACCUGCAAUUCAAUGGAGUUCAUCAAGUGUUCAAUAGCAGGAACAACAUACGGACGUGGUGUUACAGAAGUUGAAAGAGCUAUGGCGAAAAAGACAGGAUCACCAUCGGUUGUUAAUGGAAGAGUUCUUGAUGACGAUAAUGAUGAUGAAGACGAUGAUUCUGGGUUAUCUGUAAAAGGGUAUAAUUUUGAGGAUGAAAGGAUUCCUCAAUGGUUAUUGGCUUCUUGA